GGAACGGACGUCAUUGCUUUAAGUAUUUUGAAUCUGACGGUUUUUUUCGAAAAAUGGCGAAAACAGUGAAUUAUGGUGAUAUGAAUUUCGCUUUAAAGAAUGGAAUCAACAUGCCGGCUGUGGGAUUGGGUACAUACCGGCUCAACACUCAGGAGCUCAUGUUCCAGACAAUAGAUUACGCUUUGGCGUCAGGCUACCGUCUCUUUGAUACUGCCCCAGAUUACGGGAAUGAAAAGUUUAUGCGAGACGCAUUUAAGCAACUGCUUCCAAAGUAUGGCUUGACGCGAAAAGAACUAUUCAUCACUUCAAAGCUGUCGGUACAUUCAAAGGGAGGUAAAUUCAUAUCCAAAGCCUUUGAGAGAUCUUUGGAGAAUUUAGGGCUCGAUUAUAUCGACAUGUACCUCGUCCAUUUCCCUGGCCCUCCGAACGCCGAUUCGAGGAGCACCAAAAAUGAAACGUUACGCGCGGAGUCUUGGAUGGCAAUCACCAAGCUUUACGAUGAGUCUAAGGUGAACGCAAUUGGCGUGUCGAACUUUACACUGAGGCAUUUAAUGCAACUUACAGAGAUCAUGGCUAUUGGCCCGAUGGUCAACCAGAUUGAAUGGCAUCCAUACUACUAUCAACUGGAGAUGUUGCAAUACUGCUGUGACCAUAAUAUCCGCCUGCAGGGAUAUUGCUCCUUUGGCGGCCUGUCGCAUGGCCACAAGGCAUUGAUGGAAGACCCCGUCGUGAAAAAAAUCGCUCACAUUUACAAUUCUACAACAGCUCAAGUUUUACUCGUAUGGGCUCUACAACGCGGAAUAGCCGUCAUUCCAAAAUCUACAAGCCUCUGCCACAUGCAGCAAAACAAGAAUCUGAAUUUUAGACUCUCCGAGGAAGAUCUCAAUGCCCUCGAUGCUCUCAGCAUCAAGAAUCGUAAAUACGGCUGGGACCCGUCUGGGAUCGCCUGAAUGGCAAAGCUGUAUCCUGAUAUUUUCUUUGAAAUAUCGGGGAUACUGAUCUCGAUUAAAAGUGUCAUUAACUUUCCUCCGUGGUUUAUGUUCAGGGUACCACAUCGCCCGACAGUGAUACCUAUGUUUUAAUUAUAAGUGUUUAAUGGAUGCUUAAUGUUUUUUGUUAAUGAAAUUUUGUUGCGGAUUUGAAAAUUUUGAGAUUGCUAUGUAACUGUCUAUUAUAUCGAAGUAAGUUGAAUAUCUUAUUGUGCUUAAUGUGUAGCAUCGAUGUGUCAAUGUAUAGGAUUUAGUGGUCGAUUGGGUUGUCUUACUUCUCGGUUAACUCGUUUCACUGACUGAAACUAUUUAAAAGAUUAUUUACACGAACUCUUGUUUAUUUAUAUCAAAAUGUAUUUUCUCUAUUCCGCCUACUAAAACAUUUCUCAUGUGAUACUAUGGAUUUUAAAAACUUAUUCUUAGAUAAACUUAAUUUUAAAAAUUCGACCAAAACUUGGGAAUACCUAUUACAUUACUGCUAUAUUUUUUUAUA